UGCAGUAAGCAUUCCAAUGAUGGAGAGAACAUGACCUGAUAUGGAAAGCGAGCAUAUUGAGUUUGUUACAAAUACUGAUGUAAACAUACCAUUGACAGAGGGACCACUUGAGAUGGAAAGUGAGCAUAUUGUUACAAAUACUGAUGUAAGCAUUCCAUUCAUGGAGAGACCACCUGAGAUGGAAAGCAAGCAGAUUGAGAGUGUAAUUUCAAAUACUGAUGAUAUUCCUUUGCGUGCACCCGUCAGAACUUCACACUUGAAAAAGAUGUCAAAAUCUUCAAGAAGAGACAGAAACUUGCGAGAUAUAGAGAGGACAUAUAGAAUAUAUAGAAAGAAAACACAAUUUUGCUACUGCAAAAGUAAGCCUGUUAAACCAGUUAUAUCCAGCAAAAAAGCUGCAAUUUUUCAGUUGAUGAACGAAUCUAAAAAAUUCCUAGCCAAAGAACUUUACUUUGGUAUUAUGCCUCACCCAAAGGCUUUAAGGCAGUAGCUAAAUGUCAAAAUUUGCCAACUCCAAGAACUUCGAAAAACUGGCAGUCUAAAUUGAAAAUUGCACCUGGUUUAAGUCCAGAUAUAAUAGAUAGUUUGAGGUUGCAUUUCUCAAAUACUGAUCAGAAGAAAGACAUUUGCUGUCCUAAGUUUGAUGAAAUAGGUUUAAGUGAGGAGUUGCACUUUGAUCAGUCAAAUGGAAAAGUAGUUGAAGUUGUAGACAUAGGAACAGUUAAAAGGAAAUACAGAGCAACUACAGUUCUAGUGUGUAUGGUAAGAGCAUAUAAUUGGGAAUACGUAUUGGGAGAUUGUUUUUUAGGUCAUACAGCAACAAGUUAAUACUUAUAUUCCUUUGUCUCAGACUCCAUUGAUGCAGCUCAACAAUCUGGACUCAAGUUCAAAACCAUUAUUUGUGACCAGAGUCCAGUGAAUCAAAGCGUGGCUAAGAAAUUGGACAUUUCAACAGAACAGUAUCUUUUUCAGAAAUAAUGAAGAAAUUUAUUUUAUCUAUGAUGUACCUCACCUUCUCAAAAGCAUCAGGAAUAAUUUGGCGAAAUAUGAUUUUGAUUAUUCCGGGAAACCAGUAUCAUGGAAUUAUAUAAGACAAACAUGCACUUGAAGUAAUCCCAUUCGUGUUGGGUUGUUGCCAAAAACAACAGAGGAACACUUGAAGUUUACCACGUUCAAUGCAAUGAGAGUUAAGCAUGCUGCACAAAUUCUUAGUGAAUCACUGAGUGUCGCAAUGGUUGUACUCAUGCAAUUGGGGCAACUUCCAGCAGAGUGCAUGUUCACUGCAGAGUUCAUUAGUGACAUGGACAAAGCACUUGACUGCCUAAAUAGUAUUAAAUUGGAGAAGGACCAUGAGAUAUGCCAUUACUGAGGAUUCGCCACACAGAGAUUUUCUCUUGAAAAUUAGGGAUAAUUUAAGAAGUUCUAAGUUUUUUUCUAAGAGAUCUGUACCACCAUGUAUAACUGGUUUUAUCACAACAAUCAAUAGCAUACUCCAGCUAGCUGAUGAUCUGAGGAAUACAUAUGAUGUCCCCAAACUGCUCACUCGUCAUUUGAAUCAAGAUCCACUUGAAAAUUUAUUUGCCACAGUUAGGCAACAACACGGAUGCUGUCAAAACCCAAGCCCCAAACAAUUUGAAAAUGGUCUUCGACAAUUAUGUCGAAGACUUAUAAGAUAUAACUUCGAUUACAAAGUUAUGUUCUAACACGAAUUGUGAGGAGGACUUCACAUUCUCUCUAGACAAAUUGAAAAAAUUAGGUCAAAUAACUAGCUAUGAACACAAAGAAGAUACAACUAUUCUGGAACUUAAAGAUGUGCAAAUGGACCUAGAAGAAAAAAUGCAGUAUUCUAUGUCAGUGGAUAUAUGGCAAGGAAAUUUCUCAAACUCCAUCCUUGUGACAUCUGCAGUUCUAUUAUUCUCGACAAAGAUAAGCUUCUGACAAGACAACAUCAAUUAUUUACUUAUUUUAAGCAGGAGGAAUCAAUUAAUCCUGAAAAAGGUUUACUGUAUAUUUCUCAAGAAUUUUUCAAUUAUAUUGAAAAACUGGCAAUUAUUCAUAAUGAGUUGCUGUGUAGUAAACAAAUAGUUGAAGAAUUGAUGGACAUUGUCAAGUUGAAGCAUUACAUUGAGUUUGCUUUUUGUGCCCCUGAAUCUUUACAUAAAUUUCUACACUUAUUUAUGACUAUCAGGUGCCACUGGGGUGUUCGAUUCAUAAAUCAAGAUAAGGAGAAGAAAGUAGCAACAAAAAAUCAAAAAUUGAAAAAUAUUUGUCACGAAUGAACCGUUGUUGCUACUUUAAUGUUACAUUGAUUUAUGAAUCGAAAAUCUCAAUAGCAUCUGUCACAAAUAAAUGUGAAAAUUUGUCUGUAGAACAGACUUCAACAUUGAUGCUGACCUUCAAUUUCAGCUUUUGCUUGCUACACUGUAACCCAUUUAAAUAUCUAAGAAUAGUAUAAUGUUGUCAAAUGUUGAAUUGAAUUCGCGGAGAUUAGACGAAAAUCCACAUUCAAUUAAGAAAAUUAAUUAUCCGGCUGUUCACUUAAUUCCAUUCAGGAUUAUUUCAAUAUGGAUUUUCAUCUAAUCCCCUCCUCAUGAAUUCAAAAUUAUAUGAUAUUCAAUUCAUAUAAAUCAGUUUUCAGUUUUGCAAUGUUGUUGUGUUGAAAAGCUCUUCAGAAGCAUAUUAUAAAUCAUGGAUCAAAUAAUUCUUCCUUGAAAGAUUUGAUGUUGUUCUACCAAAUUCUUGUUUUGGGUCGAGAAACCUCUGGAGGGAAUAUUCUUGAUAAAUUUCAUGGCCAGACAUAAAAUACCGCAUUCUUCAUGUUAAGGUCUCUUCUGUACUUGCUUUUAAUCUUUCAUAACUGAAAUAUUUUUCUCUUCUUCGAUUCAUUUGCCUAUUAUCACUUCUUUUAUUUCUUCUGGAGAGGAUGCAUACCUUACAGGAAGUUAUACUAUUAUGAAGGAGCUCGCUCAUAAUCAAACUAUGGGGGACUGAUAUUCUGAUAGCAAACAUGUUUAUUGUCUUUCAGCUAAGAAAUUCUCAACUGAAAUCUUUAAGUGACUAAGCAGUUUGGGAAUAUUGAUAAUAUUUUUCAGAUUAUCAGGUUAUUGAAGUAGAAUGUAUUGUAGAUAACAAUGACAGUGGCUUAUAUUUUUUCGACAUUAAUUUGGAACAAUUGUUUCCCUUUCUUCAGAGAGAAAGGCCUGUUUGACGAAAUCUUCACUCAUUUUGUAUUGGUCUUGUUCCAAUUCACAUACUUGUUGCAGUCAAUUACUUUAGCCACUUAUGAAUCGCACAGGACUUCGCUAGUAGUCCAACAAUUUCAGCAAAAACUGAUUCACUCAGUAUUUGAACUGCACUCUCAUUGCUUUGUGAGUGAUGACAUACUGUCUUAAUACUGUUUGGUAUGACAACAUAUCUUAAUAAACUUUUUGGGGUUUUCACUCCCAAUCUCUGAAACAAAAUCAAUUAAAAAUG